AUGAUGGUAGCAGCAGAUGCGAAAGCGGUGAUCAUGUCUCCUUCCCUUUUCUGGUGCCUCAGCCUGCCGCAGGACAUCUACAGCAGCAAGGGGCUGCUCCAGCGAUGCCUGGGUAUGAGGAAACAAGAAGUUGCCUGUCGUGGGAAGGGCCCGCGGGGUUUUCUUACCCUUACAGAUCGAAUCAACAUAAAGAGAAAAGGUGCAUGGCCUUCUGCCUACCUCUCUGUUCAGAAUGUGAUUGAUUGUGCUGGCGCAGGAUCCUGUGAGGGUGGAGACCACUCAGGUGUUUGGAUGUAUGCCCACGACCAUGGCAUUCCAGAUGAGACCUGCAACAACUACCAAGCAAAGGAUCAAAAGUGCAAGAAGUUUAACCAGUGUGGAACUUGUGUCACUUUUGGAGAAUGCCAUGUGAUAAAGAACUACACUCUCUGGAAAGUUGCUGACUAUGGGUCUGUCAGUGGAAGAGAAAAAAUGAUGGCAGAAAUCUAUACUAUUGGAGCAAUUAGCUGUGGCAUAAUGGCUACUGAGAAGUUGGAUGCUUACACUGGGGGACUCUAUACAGAGUACAACCCCUCCCCUGAGGUGAAUCACAUUGUAUCCGUGGCUGGCUGGGGCAUAGAAAAUGGAACAGAAUACUGGAUUGUUCGUAACUCAUGGGGUGAACCCUGGGGUGAAAGAGGGUGGCUGAGAAUUGUGACAAGUGCAUAUAAAGGUGGAAGAGGAGCAGAUUACAACCUUGCUGUUGAAACGGACUGUGCAUAUGGAGAUGCUGUACUUCCUUGAUGCUACGUUGUACAUCGUUCUGUUUAGGAAUCACUUUGUUUGGAAGCUUCCCAGCACCACCUUUUUCUGUUUGAAGACUAGUAGUCUAAAACCCUUUCACAGUUCAACACCAUCAGACAGUUCUGCAAAAUUAGCCCAG